AAUGAUAAAGAAUAUUAAGUGUACGUCAGUGUUUGGUGCCGGCGUGUGUAGUGAUAAUUAUACAAUUCACUAAAUUAGACAGUAAAAUUUUUAUGCCCAUUAAAGACUUCUUUCUACCUCGUGUAAAAUUAUGACACGACAGGUGUCCCUGUUGAUUCUUAUUUAUGCUGUUAUAGUAUCUAAAAAUUGUUUAUGUCAAGAUGAUAUCUUUGAUGAAGAUAUACCUGUUGUUGAAGGAGAUGGAGGAGUGAUAACUACGGCUGUAGAAGAUGAUGUUCUUGUACUUACCCGGGAAAAUUUUGAUAUACAGAUUGCAUCAAAGGAUAUUAUACUUGUUGAGUUUUAUGCUCCUUGGUGUGGACACUGUAAGGCCCUUGCACCAGAAUAUUCUAAAGCAGCAAAAAUUUUAAAAAAUGAAGAUCCACCUAUUCAUCUAGCUAAAGUAGAUGCAACAAUUGAAACUGACCUUGCUGCACGUUAUGAUGUGACUAGCUACCCAACUUUGUACAUAUUUAAAAAGGGUGAAAAGGUUUUGUAUGAUGGGCCAAGAUCUGCUCUAGGAAUUGUUGAAUAUAUGAAAGAACGUUCUGAUCCAAACUGGAAACCACCACCAGAAGCUGUUAUUACUCUGACUAAAGAAAAUUUCACUGAGAUGAUUGAAAAGGCUGAAAUAAUAUUAGUGGAAUUUUUUGCUCCAUGGUGUGGCCACUGUAAACGUUUGGCUCCUGAAUAUGAAAGAGCAGCUAAGGUUCUAAAGGAUUUGCCAACCCCUAUACCUUUAGCAAAGAUAGAUGGAACUGCUGAGAAAGAGAUUGCAGAUAAAUAUGAAGCAAGGGGAUGGCCAGCUUUAAUGAUAUUUCGCAAAGGUCAAAAGUAUCCAUAUGAAGGACCUAGGGAAGAAACAGGCAUUAUUUCUUAUAUGAAGGAGCAAGCUAAACCUCCAAGCCAGGAAAUUACUUCCCCAAAAGUUCUAGAAAAGUCCUUAGGCAAAAUAGAUGCUUCUGUUGUUGGAUUUUUCCUUUCGGAUUCUGAUCCAUUGUAUUUGAGUUACAUAGAAGCUGCUAACACAUUAAGAGGAAAGUUCAGUUUCUUUCACACUUUUAGUCAAAAUGUCAUGAAACAGUUUGGUGUCAAAGAUUCUCGAAUCAUUCUCUAUCAACCAGAAAUAUUUUCCAGUAAAUAUGAACCUCCAAAGCAUGAAUUUAAUAAAGUUGGUGCUUUGUCAUCUGACAUAGUAACAUUCAUUAAAGAGCAUCACUUACCUCUGGUUGGUGAAAGAAAUCAACGAAGUCGAUGGAAGUAUGAUGACAAAUACCCAUUAGUUGUGGUCUAUUAUGAUGUGGAUUUUAGUUUUGAUCAUAGAAUUCAAACUCAGUUAGUUCGAAAAGAAGUUACAAAAGUUGCUAAAGAUUACAAAGGAAAGAUCACUUUUGCCAUUUCUGAUGAAGAAGAGUUUGAAGAUGAGUUGAUACAACUUGGAUUGGAUGACAGUGGUGAGGACGUCAAUGUAGGCUUCUUUGAGAGUCGUAAAGUUCGAUAUAAGAUGGAACCUACAGAAGACUUUUCAGCUGAGGAAUUAAGAACAUUUGUAGAAAAUGUUCUUGCAGGCAAUGUAUCCAAGCAUGUUAAAUCUCAACCUGUUCCAAAAGACAAUAAAGGUCCAGUAUUGGUGGUUGUUGGAUCUACAUUUGAAGAACUUGUAACAAAGAGCACCAAAGAUGUUCUUAUUGAGUUUUAUGCUCCAUGGUGUGGUCACUGCAAAAAAUUAGAACCUGAAUACAAGAAACUUGGAAAAGCUUUUGCCAGUAAUGAUAAAGUGGUGAUUGCAAAAAUUGAUGCAACAGCUAAUGAUUAUCCAGAAGAAUUUAAAGUUGAUGGUUUCCCAACCAUCUAUUACAUACCUGCAGCAGACAAGAAAAAUUUAAUUACUUACAGUGGGGAAAGGACUUUAAAAGAUCUGUCAGAUUUUGUUAAUAAACAGAUUUCAAAGGAAGCAAAAGAUGAACUUUGAACUAAUUAACAAACUAAAUCUAUCAAAACUCUUUUUUUUUUUUUUUUUUUUUUUUUUUUUUUUUUUUUUUUUUUUUUUUGCACAUGCUUUCUCCCACGUCGUUCAGCAAUGCAUGUUUUGUCCAAGUAAAUGUCAAGUUUAUUUUUAAUAUGUAAUUUCUUCGGUUUUAAUGUUAUCUUUUUUAUUUUAAUUUUCUAAUUUGUGAAUGUCACAGACAGAAUAAAUUUGCUACUUUAAAAAAAAAAAAAAAAAAAAAAAAAAUUCUGCAUGUUAAAAUAUAUAUUUUUGUUAAUGUUUUUUUAGUGGAUAUAGGUGUUUAAUCUCUAAUCUCCCUUUUUUGUUAUUGUUAAGGUGUCAUUUUGAUUUUUAAAUUUUUAUAAUAAAUUGUUUCAAAAUGAAGUUAUGCAGGUUGUUUAAAUUUACAUGCAAUAUGAAUAAUUUUCAAAUGGUUUGGGCCUAUAGGAAAUAUAUAAAAAUAAGCAGUUGGCAGUUCGGAAAAAUAACUUUUGCAUAAACUGUCAUACAUGUAUCAAAUACAAGGACAAAUUUUGUAACUUUUUAAAUGCAUUCCAUGUUAUGCAAAGAACAAAUUUUCUUUCAUGGUCAGUUUAAUGUAUAUUAGCUCACCUUUCUUUGCUGGUUCCAGUCACUUGAUUGAGAGUGAUUAUUUUGAACUGUGAUUAGAGUUUGUCUUCCUAUACAUGUAAAAACUCUCAUUCUGUUUCUUUUGCAUCAGUUUGAUUUGCUCAUAUUAUAUAAUACUUAACUUUCAUUGUUUCCUCCCUCUGGGUUAGGCAAUUUAAAUUUUUAUUCAUUCUCCAUUCAGAUCUGAAGGAAUUUUUUUGUAUGUCACUUCAUUCGUUUAAUUUCCAUUCUUUGGAAACUCAUAAAAGCAGAACUAUUUUGCCUAAUUUUAAUAUGCACCAGUGGUAUUCAAACUAAUGGGUUGUGAAAAUUUAUAAUGGGUCGGAAGGUAGAUAAAUAUGCUUAAAAAAAUCUGAAUGUAUAGUAUAUAACUUAGAUUCGAUGCUCUGACUAGGGUUGCAAAAUUAUUUUUGGAAGUCAUUUGCAUUUUUAUAGGGUCGCAUUGCCAUAAAGUUUGAAUACCACUGUUGUAGACCAUUCCUGAUUUUUUAAUUUCAGAAUUUACUUUUGAGUUCUUGAGUAACAUUUUAUAGCUAAUGUUCUACUUCAUUAAAUGAUAACAACUGCUUUCUGUAUCUAGGAAAUGGCUUUUGCAUUAUUUGCAAUACUUUCAAAUGUACUGAGCUCACACAUGAAUUAUAAUGCAGGGCUGUUAAAGUACAGUGAAUACUAACAAAAAUAAGUAUAAAUUAUUUGAAAUAUUUUUGAAGUUUAACAAAAUUACUUUUUUAUCUGUAUAUGUUUAACACUGCCACUUGCUCAACUACUUGGUGUGCUGCAAUAAGUGGCAAAUGUGUGGUAUAUUAAUUGAUUUAGUGAAUAAUUUUUUAUUAAAAUGUUUUUACAUAAAAAUAAACAUUUUCAUACUCUGUU